AUGGCCUUAUACGAACAAAUGAAAGGAGUCUUCACUUCUACCUUCUAUCUCUCUCUUUCCUUUUUCAUCACUGUAAUUCUCGUCUUGUUUAAGCUUGCAAGAAGCUCCAAACCCAAAUCCAAUCUGAACCUUCCUCCAUCUCCCCCAAAGCUACCAUUUAUCGGGAAUCUGCAUCAGUUUGGCACACUGCCACAUCGAUCUCUUCGAGAUCUCUCUCUCAAAUAUGGUGAUAUGAUGAUGUUGCAGCUGGGGCAGAUGCAAACUCCAGCCCUUGUGGUUUCAUCUGUAGAUGUGCUCUCGGAAAUAAUCAAAACUCAUGACCUAACCUUUUCGGACCGACCCCAAAACACUGCUGCAAAAAUCUUACUCUAUGGAUGCGCAGAUGUUGGCUUCGCACUCCACGGAGAAAACUGGAGACAUAAAAGAAAAAUAUGUGUGCUUGAACUCCUGAGCACCAAAAGGGUGCAAGCAUUUGGAGUCAUCCGGGAAGAAGAAGUUGCGGAGUUGGUGAACAAGCUACGUGAAGCAAGCUCGAAUGGUGCAAGUUACGUGAAUCUAAGUGAGAUGAUUAUGUCAACAUCAAAUAAUAUUGUGUGUAAAUGUGCUCUUGGAAGGAAGUUUGAAGGAGAUGAUGACAACAGAGUGAAAGUGUUAGCGAGGGAAACUAUGAUUCAUCUCGCAGCAUUCACAGUGAGAGAUUAUUUCCCUUGGCUGGGUUGGGUUGAUGUUGUCACUGGAAAAAUUGAGAAAUACAAGGCCACUGCUGGAACAAUGGAUGCUUUAUUUGAUGAGGCAAUUACAGAACGUUUGAGGGCGAAAAGGGAAGGUGAACACUCCAAAAGGAAAGACUUCGUGGAUAUCCUCCUCCAACUUCAGGAGGAUAACAUGCUGGGCUUUGAGUUCACCAUGAAUGACGUCAAAGUACUUGUAACGUUGAAAGUUGUUAAAAGUUUGAUGAAAAUUUCAUUUGUUAGUUUAGGACAUGUUUGUGGGAGGUACAGAUACAACUUGGGCAGCAUUAGAAUGGGCUAUGUCAGAGCUUCUGAGAAAACCAACCGCAAUGAAAAAGGUGCAAGAAGAAGUGGGAGAAUUGUAGGUGAGAAAUCAAACGUGGAAGAGAACGAUGUGAAUCAAAUGCGCUAUCUAAAAUGUGUAGUAAAAGAAAGUAUAAGGUUACACCCUCCAACUCCUCUUCUGGCUCCUCGAGUAACAAAGUCCGAUGUAAAACUAAAUGGCUACGAUAUUCCAGCAAAAACAACUGUAUAUAUCAAUGCAUGGGCAAUGCAAAGGGAUCCUAAAUUUUGGGAAAAUCCUGAAGAGUUUCUGCCAGAGAGAUUUGAAAAUAGUGAAGUUGAUUUUAAGAGUCAAGAAGACUUCCAGUUUAUUCCAUUUGGUUUUGGAAGAGGAGGAUGUCCUGGAAUGAAUUUCGCAAUCGCUUCCAUUCACUAUGUCCUUGCUAAUCUUCUUUAUUGGUUCGAUUGGAAGUUGCCUACUGAUGCACCAGAUAUAGAUAUGAACGAUAUGUUUGGACUUGUUGUCUCAAAGAAACUACCACUUCUCCAACUAAUCAAGCUCUCUUCUGUUCUGAGUGGAGUAUAUUCAAUGGCAAGUGACUCAAAUUCAGAAAGUAUUUGCAAUAAGUGGUGGUCGUGCAACUUGUUUUUCAGCCUCACACCACUUUAUGGAUUUGUGGCUACAACCAUCCCAUCCAAAUCCCAACCCACUCUGCCGCCGCCCACAAUCACAACAUGA